AUGGCCGUUCCUGUGAAACUAGCUGGCUCUCCAGCUGAAAAACAAGCCGCUGCCGACGCCAUCUACCGUUUCGCCUUGUCUCUCGACAUACGCGACCCAGAGCUUUUUGAUUCUAGCUUCACCGAAGAUGGUAGUAUUGAACUUCUUGGAGAAAAGGCUACUAGUAAACAAGAGCGCCGGAAUCUCUGCUACAACAGGGUCGCUGACCUUGACACUGCCCAUAUUGUUUCCAACUUCCGUGUCAACAUUGAGGGCUCAAAAGCCACCCUCACUGCUAUUGCCUAUGCUCAGCAUUUCGGAAAGGGCAAGGGUUUGGUCGACGGAACCAAGUUCUUGCUGUCCGGUGGUGUGUACAGAGCUGAGUUAAUCAAGGACACCACAGAUGAUAUCUGGAGAAUCAAGGACCUCGAUAUCGAUCUCCACUGGACAGACGGCGACAUGGCCGUGUUCCAGGACAAAUAA